AUGAGUACCUCUGAAAUUCACAAUCUCCACGGACAAUUCCACCCGCAUCCUCCUAAGUCUGAGCACCUUGAAUCUCCAAAGCACAAACCCGGGGCCAAGGCAUCGCCAAACGACAACGCCCCGGAAUACGCGGCUGAGACGUUCGCCCCCGGCACAGCGCCUCCAGACCGGACAUUCCAGCCCAACCCAAUAGAACAGGUUCCCGGCCAGGCGCUGAAUGAAAACGUCGAGCGGGCACACGGCAAGGAGUCCGUCAAAACCACGGCCAGCUCCACAAUCACCGGAGCAACGUCUGCAGAUGUCAACCGUGGAUUGGGGCGUCCCAUGCAGGGGGAAUCAUCGGUAGAGCACCGGCACGGUGACCAGAAGCACGGGAAGCAUCACGGAUCGGGGCUGGAGGGGGUCGGAGCCAACGAGGUGCGGGUUGAAGACGACCUGAAGAGACUCGAGCGCGAGGACAACGUGCCGAAAGGCAGUAAAGCGGCGGAAAGGGGCGUUCCUGCAGAGGAGCGGCCCCCCGAAACGGCGAGCAGUGUCUCAGCGGACGUGAACCAGCACCAUCACCAUCACCACCAGCAGCCUCACCACAUGAAGCGAUUCAGCGCCGACAGAAGGCCUCUAGAACGUCGGGAGAACGCCGUCGAGGGCGAGUCAAGCUUUGGCCGUUUGGUUGCGAUGGGAAUACGAGCAUGCAUCCCCCAAAUGUGCCUGAGAAGGCAAAGGGACGAGCUGAUUCCACAGCUACCAGCUCGCACGGUUGCGUCGCUGCCCUCGCUCCCACAUCCUCGCUCCGUCUGCCACUCCUCGAGCUCUGGAGCCGCCGUGCUGCUGCUGGAUCAUUUCGUGCUCUUGGGUUGUUUCAUCCUGCUGCGUCACAAACUCUGGCCAACUGGGCACGCUAACCGGCUCGCCAUCCGCAGGUGCAACGGCUUUGGAAUGCCAGGAGGGAUGCGGCGCAUGAGCAGAGGCGCUAGCGCCUCCCCGUUGGCUGGCAAGACGGCCGCCGUAGGCGCGGACCCCAUGUCCCUGAUCCGGACGUUCAAUUCGGAAACAAACCCUUCUCGUCCUAUCCAUCCGUCGCCUCUCACCGCAUCGCAGAUUCGGGGCAUGCCGCUGGAUCUGAUCGACCGCCUGCGGUCCUUUCCUCUGUUCCAGUCAACCCCGGAAUCUUUCCUCGCGGAGAUCGGCCUGCGGCUACGACCACAGCUAAACUCGCCAAAUGAUUAUAUCCUGACGGAAGGCGAUGAGGCCAAGGCCAUGUACUGGCUCGUGCGGGGUGCGGUGGCCGUCACGUCGCGGGACGGGGAGAGUGUGUAUGCUGAGCUGAAGCCGGGCGCGUUCUUUGGCGAGAUUGGGAUCCUCAUGGAUCGACCGCGGACGGCAACAAUCAUUGCGCGUACGCGGUGCUUGCUCGUGGUUUUGACCAAGGAGGACCUCCAGGGUAUUCUUCCAAGGUUUCCCGAAGUGGAACGAGCCAUCAGAGAAGAAGCUGAAGAAAGACUACAAAUCCUGGAGAAGAAAAAGACUCAAGCUGCUCCGUUGCCAAUGCGCCCGGAGCGACUUGCUGGGGAGCGCCGUGGGUCAAAACGACUGCGUGAUGCAUUCUCCGGGGACAUGAGCUUGGACGAUGAGCGCCGCUUUGACAUCAUCAGCAAAAAGCGGAAAUCUCCUAGCCCGAGCAUAGCGGAGACGUCUACGUCAAGCGCCCUAGCAAACGGACUUGUGAGCGUUCGGAUGCUCCUAAAAGAACUGCCUCUGUUCUCUCAGCUACCUCCAGAUAUCCUUCACUUUCUUGGUCUGAACGCACAGCCACGGACAUUUCCCCCUUUUACAGAUAUCAUUCGACAGGACUCCUACGGUCGAGAGAUCUAUUUUAUCGUCCGGGGCGAAGUUGAAGUGAUCAAUGAACGGCCAGACCCUCGUGCCACACGUCGAGGUGCAGAUGCGGAAAGCCUGCGCAGUGUGGAGGUCAAAGCCAGGCUCAGACAGGGGCAAUAUUUUGGCGAAGUUGUCAGCUUGUCGUUGGCACCACGGCGAACCGCCACCGUCCGCUCUGUAAGUGCGGUAGAAUGCUUGAUGAUAAGCGGUGAAGUUCUUUCUGAGUUUUGGGAGCGCUGCCCGAAAAAUAUCAAGGAACAAGUUGAGAACACCGCUAAAAAGCGACUGGAAGCUGCAUCUGGCGGGGAUGUCGUCAUGGAGGAUGCACCGCCAGCUGGAGCUUUUGAUCCUUGUGAACCGGCUAUGCCAACGACCCGGAGACAGUCAAUGCCGCUGCUUACCUUUACAGAGAGCGAUCUAGAUAGCUUCCACAAACCAAACCAUCUCGAAGAUGCGCCGGUUUUGCGGCCGUCAGAUCCUGACCCUUAUCUUAGCGUCGAUCUGGAUAACAUGCGUGCGAGAUCACGACGUGGCUCGCUUGCUCCUAUCGUUCCAGAUGACGCUAUCUCAGCAGACCAGUCCUCCCAGGUACCCGCCUUGAAUCGCUCUCCACGCAGCUUGUCACCGUCCAAGCAAGUUCAGGCUUUUCCAACAUCAUCCGUGAGCUCCUUAAAGCCAGUAUUCCGGCCUAGCUUCGGAAACAGUCGCGGAAUCUUCAACGACGAUAUCUUAAUUACCAUCCUCCAACAUAUGGAACUUCACCACCUUCUUCGAUUGCGGUCGGUUUCACGUCACUGGUCCAACCUAAUCACCAAAUCACCUCACCUCCUGCAUUUCCUUGACCUUAGCAUCUACAACCGAAAGAUCACAGAUGAAGUUAUCACAGAUUUCAUUUGCCCGUUCAUUGGAGGCAGACCACGCGUUGUUGAUAUCAACAAUUGCUUUCAUAUUACCGACGAAGGAUUCAAUGCCCUGGCUAAUUCAUGUGGAACCAACCUUCGAGCAUUAAGGAUGAAAAGUGUUGGGAUGUCACGGCUCCGGCGAUCCUUGAUAUGGCAAACAAGGCCAAGGAUCUACAGGAGAUUGAUCUCAGUAAUUGUAGAAAGGAAGCUUUGCCUCGCGGACUGCACUUAUUUGACGGAUAAUGCAAUUGUUUACCUCACGAAUGCUGCCAAAGCGCUCCAGGAACUUGAUUUGUCCUUUUGCUGUGCAUUGUCAGACACUGCAACAGAAGUGAUUGCACUUGGAUGUCCCCAGCUCACUUAUCUUAACCUCUCAUUUUGCGGCUCUGCGGUUUCUGACGCCUCUCUUCGCUCCAUCGGCUUGCAUCUCCCCCUUCUCCACGAGUUAUCUGUCCGCGGGUGUGUUCGGGUCACAGGCACCGGCGUCGAGUCAGUGGUAGAAAACUGUCCUAUGCUUGGCGUUUUCGACGUGAGCCAGUGCAAGAACUUGACACCCUGGCUUGAAUUCGGCUGCCAUCGAAAGUAUAGCGAUCGAAUACGCUUCGUGACCGUGGCGCACACCGAAAGGCUCCUCAGAUAA